AUGAAGGCCGCACUGGUGUUUGGCGGUUUAAUAACGCUUUGUGCAAGUCACGUCAUUCUCAGCGUCCCAGGGGACAAUAGCCAAUAUGUAGAGGGUGAAAGCCGCUACAUUUGGAUGCCAGACGGUGAGGGAAAACCUGUUUUGGUAGAUCUACAAGAGCCCGUUAAUGAUAUGUUCUUAAACAGUAGACACGGUGCCAACAAUCGGUACUGGCUUUUUACUAGGAAUAAUCGAAACAGUCAUCAAGUCAUCAUAGAUCGUGACGCUAACUCUGUCCGAAACUCUAAUUAUAAUGGCAAUCGUCCAUUGAAAGUUAUAGUUCAUGGAUGGAACAACAAUGGAAAUUCGCCGAUGAAUCCCCUAAUCACAUCAGCGUUCUUAAAUAACCAAGAUUGCAACGUGAUCGUUGUUGACUGGAGUGGACUCGCAAAUCAGGGCUACAACACCGCUGUCAAUGGCGUCCCGAGCGUAGGCCAACACCUUGGUAACUUCCUCGUAUGGCUCAUCAAUACAGGUGGCGGUAACUGGAACAACGUGCACUUAGUUGGAUUCAGUUUAGGUGCUCACAUAGUGGGUAUUGCAGGUCGUCAGGCCGGUGGUCGGCCCUCUCGUGUAACCGGUCUAGAUCCAGCUGGUCCACAAUGGGGUGGUAACAGUAACGCUCUUAACCGUAACGCUGGUCGCUACGUAGAGGCUAUCCACACUGAUGGUCGUAAGUUAGGUAUUAUGAACCCAAUCGCUAAUGCUGAUUUUUACCCUAACGGAGGAAGGCACCCUCAGCCUGGCUGUGUGACAAGCCUUUGCUCUCACGGACGUGCGACUGAACUAUUCGCAUCUACCGUGGGCUACAACCGCCAUGUUGGAAGACAGUGCGUGAAUUUGGCUCAAGCAGAAAUUUCUGCCUGCACUGGAGCAAGUCUAAACAUGGGUAACGGCAUUGUCAAUAAAAAUGGAAACGGUAUCUUUGGUCUCCGAACAGCUAAUCAGUGGCCUUUCUAA